UUGUUGAAUGCCACCUUCCUUCCCCCUUCCCCCUUCUCCAAAUCAAAUCCCUUUCCUUCUCCGCUUCGCAUGGAUCCCACCCUAUCCCACGGCCGAGCUACGGUUGAUGGACGUGGCGGAGAUAACAUCAGCGAUGGAGGCGGAGGUGUGUCUUGCGAUAACGCCGGGGGACGGCGGUCCCAGCCGCUAAGGAGUGGAAAGGGCGUGGCUACCUCGAGAACCAGGAGGAAGGAGAGGGAUGACGCCUCUUCCUCGUCGUCCUCGUAUUCCUCUUCGUCGGCCUCGCGUUUCACGAGGAAGCGGUCAAAGAUCAGAGGGGUGCGUUUGCGGAGCGGGGGAAGCCGUGGCCUUUUGGUGUUUCGCGGCAAUGAGUGUCUGCAGGAACUUGCUCUUCCGCUCGGCAUGUCCUUCGCUGCGGUUAUUGCUCAGGUUGUGUUUGGGAAGAGCAUUUCAAAAGAGAGUAUAGAAAUAGAUCAUCUUUCCAAGAUGUGUAGUUCAGCAAUCAAGGAAUCAAUAACAAAUAUAUAUGGGCAAAAAUUUGAUUAUUUCAUAAGAAAUUUUGAUAAGUCAUUCUCUAGCUCAUUGAAGACCCUUGGUUUGAUAAAUAACAUGUCUGUUAAUAGGAAGGAAAAUGCUGUUGCCCCUGGUUUGUGUUCUUACAACAGUCAUGAAAUGACACCUGACUUGACCAACUCUGAACUUAUCAGAACCAUCAAAGAUCCUGUGGAAAAUGUUGUUUCUUCCCAUUUUUGUUCUUUGAGUUAUGAACCUACACCUGACAUGACCAAUGCUGAAUUUAUCAGAGCCAUUGAAGGUCGUAAGGAACAUGCUCCAUUUAAAUCAGCAGACAAUCAACUCAUUAUCCAUCAACAUACGAACCAGCAACUUACAAAUAUUCACAGUAACACAGACGGUACUGCAUUUAGUCAUUCUAUUCUGAGUACAAUGGAAAGAUCUGUUAUUGAGCAGGCUCGCUCUAAUGACCUCAAGGCUGUUGAGAUAGAGCUAGUAAUGAAGAAGUUGCAGUUCAAGCAAUCUCAGUUAGUCAUUAGUUCAGAUGCAAAUUUGCUAGAGAAGAUUAAGAUAUCUUUAGGUAUUUCCAAGACUUCCUUCAAGGAAGAGAAAUUGAGGAAUCAAAUGCAGGAGACUAGACAUGCACAACUUUUGCAACAAUGUAUGGACCUUCUAGUUGCUGGUUUGAUUGUCAUGUGUAUCUUGCUUACGUACGGAGCUUUCAUCUUUUCAUAUCAACGUGUUGCAGAGGUCACAUCUGCCUGCGAGUCUGUUAAAGAGAAAUCCAGCUCCUGGUGGAUUCCUAAGGGAGUCCAGUCUUUCAAUUCAGGCAUGCACAUUUUGAGGUGCCAGUUUGUGGUCCUAUCUCGCAUGUCGUUUGGGAUAUUAAUGAUUGUAGUGAUAGCUUAUGUGGCUUUCCAAAGGUCAGCAAAGUCAGCUGCAGCCAUGCCGGUGACAUUUAUUGCGCUUCUGCUAGGAGCUCUUUGUGGUUUUUUCGGAAAGGUAUGCAUAGAUACACUAGGCGGAAAUGGAUAUCGCUGGCUAAUUGAUUGGGAAGUUCUGUGCAUGCUCCAUUUCUUCGCCAAUGCUUUCCCAUCUGUGUUAUACAAUCUUCUUUACGGCCCUGUAGCUGUAUCCCAAGGAGCAAAUUCAGCUAUGUUUCCUUACUGGCUGAGAAGAUAUGUAUUCUAUGCACUGCUGCUGCCUAUUCUUCCGAUAUCAAGCGGCUUGCUGCCAUUUGCUUCUUUCUUUGAAUGGAAAGUGCAUUUUGUGGAGAAAUUAACUUUCUGGGGUUCAGAUUCAACAUAUUGAGAAAUUUGCUGUAUUGCACAAGAUUCUCCAUUAUCUUUGCUUCCCUAAUCCUCCUCGUUGUACUUUAAUUAAGCUAUUUAUCUAUGAGCAUGUUUAUCUCACCUCUUGAGCUCCAUGACCUAACUAUUAGGAGGGACUUGAAGAAUCUUAUUGUCGGUGAAUGUAUGUAUAUCUUAACCUUUAAGUGAUUGCUAAAACUAUUAGGUUUCAGUUCUUAUAUUUAAAA